AUGGGUGGUGCGUGCUGUUCCGCGGCUCGCGAGAAUUAUUCCCGUUACCCACCGGUUGUAUCGCUUUGUCUGGAGUGUCAGCAACAGCAACAACAGCAUCACCAGGCUGUUGACACUUGUUGUCAGCAGUGGUCGGCACAGCACGACCAUCAGUGUCAGACGUCUCAAGCAGUGAGCUACACACGAGUUAGUUGCUCAUGUGAGGAAUGUAACACCUCCUACCGGGAGCAGGAACCACCAUGUCGUCUCCCACUCUCUUCCUAUCAACGAAAUGCUCAACCUAAAUCCCCCUUUGCCGAAGAGGAGACAGGUACCAAUCAGAUCUGCCCCGCUUGCGCUGGUCUGGCUGUGGCAGCCCCGCGAGAGUGCGGACUUAGUGAUGGGACCUACAACGAAGCCCAGUGCGCUCCACCACUGCCCAAGGACCCCGAUGCGGCACUUGCCGACGUCUGGGCCUCUGCUGCUCACCAUCGAAUUGGGCGCUCUACUGCUGUCAUUCCUCCCUCCGUCCCUCGCCGUUCAGCUUACUACAACACAGAGAAUCUGCUCGUCGAGUGCAUCGGCGGCGAUGGCGUCUGUGGAGGCAGUCAGUUCUCCUACAUGACUGAUUGCACUCAAUGCCAACAAUGCGAUGCUGAGCGCUAUGUUACAAGCAUCGGAUCCAAGCCGGAUACCCGAGUGUUGCGACGAGUGGCGACUGUCACGCGUGACAUCGCUGAGAUUGUGCGCGGCAUUCGCUACUUCCAGCGCAAAAAUGAGGAGAAGGAACGGGUGCAAAAGAUUAUAAACGAGUGGCGGACGGUUGGUGGUGUACUUGAUCGCCUUUUCUUCGUCUGUUAUAUAAUCGCUAUAAGCAUUUCAAUAAUCCUUUAUUUCCCAAGACCUGCAGGUAGUGGGUAG